GCUUACAAAAAAACUGUUUCCAAAAGCAUAUGGUUCUUGAUACCAGGAACAGGAAGCAAGCAGGCCAAUUGUGAAAAUAGUUUCUUUUCUCCAUUUUGUACACCAUCCUCUCAGUUACCUAACUCAUUGUAUUCACCUUAUAAUUCACUAACUGCUGUUGUAAAUUGUCUUCCAUCAAGAAUUUAUUAGUGCUGAUAGCCAGAUGUUAGGCUUUUCAUUACAAUGCCUCUGAUACAAAACCGUCAAAGGUGAGGAAUGUUACUUCAUAUGGUGGAUGCAUGGGUUAAAUCGCUACUUUGGUCUGCCUAAACAUUCUGUGUCAACUUAAUGGUUUUGUCAGUUAAUUACAGGCUUACUUUUACCUUUGUCCAAUACUGCGUUAUCACUAAUUGACAUGAUGUUGAUCUAAAAGAGAGCAAUGUCACAGCUUUUGGUGGAUGCGUUGCUAAAGAUUGCUCUGCUUGAGUUGAUUCUACCAUGAGUUGCAUUGACUUUGACUUAUCCUCUUCAUUUCUUAUUGCCGUAGCGAUGAUUCUAAGUUGCAUGUUUUUCCAUUGUUACAUGAAUGGCCAAUGGAUUUGUUUGGUUCCAGCAGCACUCCUCCUUGUGAAUAUUUGAUAUUUCUUUCUGAAGAAACCUCCCUAAUGCUAGAGUAAUGAUCUUAUAAUCUUAUUUUCAUUGGCUAGGCAGUCCUUCUGGUUUAUGAAGUAAAUAAAAUUUGUUUUAUUCUGUUUGGACUCUGCUACCUUGAGUCAGGUUCACCAAUCACACUAUGAAGUGUUCACAUUCUCAAUUUUCCUAGUUGUGAAGAUAUUUUGAUUGCAUUCUCAGGAAUUCCUCAUUCCUGAUACAAUAUUUAUACUAUCAUAUGGAUGGGAAACAUGAAAUCGGGAUUGGCAAUCAUGAUGAUUGAUGUGUACAUUAGAUUAUGGCAUAUAAUUCUGCCAUCCUAAAAUGACAUAGUAAUAUUAAUGAAGUGUAUAUGGUUGUGCAAAUGUGAGUGUGAACAUGUGCAAUACUAUUACGCCAAUAUGUUGCAUUUUUUUCUAUGAACGGAAUGGCUUUGUUGUGCUUACUGCAAAGUUGAGAAUAUGAUUUUCCUUUAUUGAUUGCUAGAUGACAUUAAUGGUGUUGGAUCAAUUUAUAAUUGGGGCAUGUCCAAUAGGUAAUGAGAAUGUGAUGUUAUUCUUUAACUGUUCUUGUUGAUAAUCUCAGCAGAUAUUCAUGGAUUAGCUGAUAUAGAAAAAGGCUAAGGCUCUUCUUUAUCAUCACUGGUUCUUUUCUAUGCGUACUGAUCUCUAUAUCUUGUCAACAGUGAUCUUUGGUUUGAAUGAUGCAGUUAUAAAAUAGCUUACUGCAUUUCUAAUAUGCUUUCUUUUCUUACUUCACUUGUAAUCUUUCAGGGUUCUGAGAUUCAGUUCACAUCUGCUACUCAAUGCACAUUUCCCCGGAGUUCUGCACUGGCUCUUGGUUUAACCUUAGCUGUGGCACUCCUGAUGGCUCAAGUAAUUCUUAAUGUUGCAACUGGGUGUAUUUGUUGCAAAAGAAACCCCAACCCUUCAAACUCAAAUUGGACAAUAGCGUCAGCCUGCUUUGUUGUUUCCUGGUUCGCAUUUGUGAUAGCUUUUCUUCUCUUGCUAACUGGUGCUGCACUCAAUGAUCAGCAUGGUGAAGUGAGCUUCUACUUUGGGAUUUACUACUGCUACGUUGUAAAACCAGAAGUCUUUGCUUGUAGUACUGUCUCGGCACUUGCAAGUGUCAUCCUUGGAAUUCUGUAUUACCUUGCCUUCAACUCAUCGAAUAGUGUUUAUGGUCCUUGGGGCAACCCUCCUGUAUCUAAUCCGAGUAGCGUAGCCAUGGGAUAACCUUAGAGCACUCAAUACCCUGUUUUUGUACAUGAGGAUGCUUGUAUGAGACUCAGCACACUUGAUCGAUAAAUUUCUAUUGCCACUUGGAUUGCACUGCUGAAUGUGGUAGGCUUAUGCACUCAUGGGGGUGAGUGGGUUUUACCGGGUAGCUGCCUACUUUUUAUUUUUAUUUUUAUUUUUUUGGUAAAAAAUGUUAGAAGUAGGAGAGUAUCCCAUCUCAGGCCAGGCUAGGGAAAGCUUAUAGACCACUAGUGUAUUCACCUUUAUUUAUUCCUUUCCAAUGAGCAGACAUUUUUACAUGUUUUAUGUGUAUAUUCAUAUAUAAACACCCUGGUGCAAAUGGGGAUUCAA